AUGACUGAUAGACAAGAAAACUACGGAUACAGAAAAGUCGGUCAAUUUUUUGAUCAAAUGUUCCGCGAGAGGCGUGUUGAAGACUUUUUGAAGGAUUUGAAUGAAUACAAUAAUCCAAUAACGACAACAACAACAACAACACAUUUGGACUCGAAACUUCAAAUUUCAAAUCUUGUUCACACUUUGUCUCCAACCAUUCGCCUUAUCCAAAUGGGUAAUAGAUGGGACAACCCAUCAUCCGACGAGGUUACAGACAUCUCAAGUUCAUGGAUCAGCCUAGAUCCCGACGAUCAAGAAACAGAAGAACCAUCAACGCUAACCGAAAGAGCAUCCAGAUUUCUGUAUCAAGUCCUUUGUUUCGGACUCUGUCCAGCCAGACCGAGAGUUCCGGAGCUCAAAGUCACUCCACCUACUCCAAAGAACAAGGGAGACUCGGAAGCAUCGAAUGUGGUUGCCAAUCCGAUGAAUUCAUUGAAAUUGCCGAAAAGAUUUAAAGUGAUGGCACCGUCCCGAGAGAAUGUUGGAGGAUAA